CCUCGUCAGCUGUGAAAGGGCUGCCAACUUGUUGUUGAACUCCGCUUUUUUAAUUAAUUGUUUUUUACUCUUAAAAAUGUUUUUAACAACGGGAAAGUUGUCGGUGCUCCGUGCAGCUAAUUUAGCACCGAUGGGUUUGCAUUACGUGAAAAGCAGCCCAGCAAUUCAAGCCCUUCACUUGAGUGCAACAACGCAGCACAGCUACGCCGGUGCAGCACAAAAACGUCUCCGCCAUCAAAUGCCCUCAGCCCUCCUGGUGCCCCUGUUAACUAGAAGCCUUCACAAGAGUAUACCAGCCGGGCAGUGGGCCACCUACGAUCCAAAGUUCACCAUCGAAGGGCAUGACAAGGGCUUUUCCCCGAAACUCCGCAGUUAUAGCACAAAAUCGGAACUUAAAGCGGAAUCGGUGCCUUCCCCCACAAAGACUACGACUGUAGCAUCAUCAGCAUCCUCAUUAUCAUCAUCAUCAUCUUCAUCAGCAUCAUCCUCAUCAUCCUCAUCAUCAUCAUCAUCAUCACCAUCAUCCUCCUCAUCCUCUUCAUCAUCACCAGCUGCACAAACUGGUGACAAGUUAAGCAAAAAAGAGCAGCUGAAGCGGGCAUUCAAGGAUUACGGAGCCACCAUAGUGGCCUUCCAUGUGGGAAUAUCCCUAAUUUCCCUUGGAGGCUUCUAUGCCCUAGUAUCGAGCGGCAUUAACUUUGUCCCUGUUCUGGAAUGGCUCGGAAUUGCCUCGUCUGCGAUCGCAGAGAAAGUGGCCACAGGAAGCACUUUUGUUGUGGCCUAUGCCGUUCACAAGGUAUUUGCACCUGUCAGGAUAAGCAUUACGCUAGGAUCCACACCGUUUAUAGUUCGCUAUCUGCGAUCUAAGGGGUUCAUGAAGCCAAAAAGCCAAGGCAAAUAGUUCGAAUUGGAAAGUCAUCUAUGUUAAUCGAUUUAAAAUCGAUUUUAGCAUAUCGAAACAUCAAACUUUAGUUUCCGUUUUUGGUUUUCCAAAGUAUGUACUUAAAAAAAGCUCGUUAACAUUUUGUAUUGGCUUUAAAAAACCCCAUAAAUAUAUUUAAAAUAAAAAACUAAUAUUUGAGACUAUUCCAAUAUCCCUAAAUGUAAUAAAUAUAUAUUUUAAUAAAACACUCAACGCAAAUAUGUUGACUAAAGCAACCAAAAUUUUUA